AUGGCGUCUGUACGAUGUGAAGGGGGCGUCUGCAUCAUCGACACGGGCAACGUUCCAUGUUCGCAGUCCAGCGACUGCAGUGACAACAAGAUUUGCGAGAACGGCUUCUGUCUCCCUGCGCCCAAGGGCUGCAACAACAACAGCGACUGCUCCGACAGCCUCAUAUGCUCGCUUGGGAGCUGCGUGCCCGAUAUCACUCCUAGUCAGUGUACCUCUGACAGCCAGUGCGCGACAGAUCUCGUCUGCACGGGUGGUCUUUGCGUGGCGCCAGCCACACCCAUCGCAUGCUCCAGCAAUGACCAGUGUGCAUUUGAUCAGAAAUGCUCUGCGGGAUUGUGCAUCGCGGAUGUUUCCUCCACGAGCUGCAGCAGUGCUGCCGACUGUCUGCUUGGCGUGGGCGUAUGCACAUAUGGCCUGUGCAUCUGUGCUGAUGGCGUCUGCCAGACGGAUGACAGCGUGGACGACUGCACCGAGGACGCGCAGUGUGGCGAUGACCGCGUCUGCCAGAGCGGCGUCUGUGUGGAGAGACUGGAGUGCGAGACGGCGACGGACUGUCUCAUUGGCAUUGACUUGUGCACGCUUCCUAGGUUAUGCAUUUGUCUUGAUGGAGUCUGUGUCCUCGGCGGCGCCACGAACCCACUGCCUGUCACGGAAUCUGUACCGCCGGAAGACGCCACCGUCAGCGCCAGCUUGGACAAUCCUACUGUGCUUCCUGAGCUGUCGAGCGCGGUUGAUGGCCUCACGAGUGUUGUGCCGGAACUCACGUCGUUGGUGGACGACAUCACCACUGUUGUCCCUGCGCUUUCGAGCGUCCUCGGCAGCGCGUCUACCGUACUCGACGGUGUAACUACUGUCGUCGAUGAUGUUUUGACGGUGGUCCCUGAAGCAACGAGCAUCAUCCCUGAGAUUACUUCUGCUAUCCCGGAGAUUACAUCUGUCUUUGAGGACGUCACCACCUUGCUUCCUGAGAUUACAAGCGUGGUUGAUGGUGUCACGACUUUUAUUCCAGAGGUCACCUCUAUUGUUGGCGGUAUAACAAGCAUUGUACCUGAAGUUACGUCCGUGGUAGGGGAUAUCACAAGUAUCGUGCCUGAGGCCACCUCGGUCGUUGGCGGCAUUACAAGCGUCGUCCUUGAAGUGACUACCGUCAUACCUGAAGUCUCCUCUGUGAUUGAAGGCGGUACCUCGCUGGUUGGCGAAGUCACCUCAGUGGUCGCAGAGGUGACGAGCGUGGUGGCUGAAGUGACCACUAUUAUUCCGGCGGUCACUUCAGUCGUCGGAGAGAUAACGAGCGUGAUUCCCGAAGUCACAAGCGUCAUCCCGGAGAUCACGUCUGUGCUCGGAGGCGUGACCACUGUCAUCUCAGCCGCGACUUCAAUCUUGGAUGGUAUUCCGACACUCGUGCCUGAGGUGCCAACCACAACUCCCACCACCACAGCAACAGCAUCGAGCUCCGCAGCGCAGACGACGUCGGUCGCCCCCAGCUGCGGAGAUGCCAACGACUGUCUGGGACGGAGUGUGCUGGGACUCAACCUCUGUCUCGCGGGCCUCUGUGUCUGCGUCGACGGCGCCUGCGUGGCUGUCACGCAAGCAUCCUGCACCUCGUCGAGCGAGUGCGCCGGGGACCAGACAUGCACCAACAACGUCUGCGUGCCCUCCAACCCGGAGUGCACGGCCAACGGUGACUGCUCGUCUGGCUUCGUCUGCACAAACGGCGUCUGCGUCGAGGGAUGCCGCACAAACAAUGGCGACUCGGGCUGUCCUGGCGACCAGAUCUGCCAGAUUGGCCAGUGUAUCCCGCCACAGUGCACGGGGGACACCGAGUGCGCGACAGACGAGGUGUGCCAGCUGGGCUUUUGUGUCAAGAGUACGCUCGAGCCCUGCAGCACGAAUAAUCAGUGCCCGAGCGGUAAUCUCUGCCAGCUUGGCGCGUGCGUGCCCACGGUCUUGCCACUAUGCGUGUCCCAGGCGCAGUGCUCGACGGGUGAGGUCUGCUCGAAUGGCAUCUCCCCCUUGGAGUCGGCUACGUCUGUCAAGCGGGAACGUGCGCUCCCUGUUCAGCAACAUCGCAAUGCCCAUCCGGCCAAGAUGCACAUCAGCGUCCCAGUGCACGACCGGACAGCUCUGCGAUACGGGACGUUGCCGCGCCUGCUCCUCGUCGUCUGA